GAUUAGUUUGACCGGUAUGGGGACUAGUUGUAAUUCUAAUAUACGAAGUGCAUAUUAUUUUGAGUGAAAAUGUGUUUAUUCAGUGAAUGUUUUCUUAAAUGCAAUCUUGCUUGGUGAAAUAAAAAAUUUUAAUUUAAAAUAUGGAAAUUGACGCUUCCUCAAGUACUUCAAACGAUUCCCAAAAUGACAAUUUUUCCCAAAACAAUUUAAGUUAUUAUUCAAACAAUUUAUUCUUUUCCAAUAACAAACUGGACAAUUACUUUUGCAGUGACAAAUUUCGGAAAUCUUGUGAUACAAAAAAAUUUCAAUAUUGUAGUGUAAACAACAAUAAUAGUGUUCUAAACAAUAACAAAGUGGUAGUGUCUAGUGUACAAAAGUGUGUAGAUGAAAAAAAAUUGACCCUGUAUAGUGAGAGUUUUAAAAAAGUGACGGAAGAAGGAAAUGCGAAAAAUGUUGGAUUCUACACUGGAAAUAAUAAGGCCAAAAGUACCGAAAGUGUUGUUUUGAAAGUGGACACUUUCGGAAAAAAAUCAGUUACAUUUUCUCCCGAUCAAGUUCAAUGCAUGUGCGAAGCACUGCAACAAAGAGGCGAUUUAGAGCGAUUAGCAUCCUUCCUAUGGUACUUACCUUCUUCGGAGUCGCUGGACAAUAACGAGAGUAUAUUAAGGGCCAGGGCUGCAGUGGCGUUUCAUAAAGGGUUCUACCGAGAACUGUACUCGAUUUUGGAAUCGCACGCGUUCCAUCCCAGAUGGCACGGCGAGUUGCAGAUUUUGUGGUACAAGUCGCAUUACAAAGAGGCGGAGAAAGUGAGAGGUAGACCUUUAGGCGCAGUAGAUAAAUAUCGCCUGCGUAAAAAAUACCCUCUUCCUAAAACAAUUUGGGAUGGCGAAGAGACCGUGUAUUGUUUCAAAGAACGAAGUAGAAACGCUCUGAAAGAAUGUUAUGCUCGUAAUAGAUAUCCAACUCCAGACGAGAAAAGGGAAUUGGCAAAACGAACGGGUCUCACAUUAACACAGGUCUCAAAUUGGUUUAAGAAUCGAAGGCAAAGGGAUAGAACACCACAAUCUAGGCCCGAGAUUAUUCUAGGAAAUAUGGCCCUGACUCAAGGAGCCCUGAGCAAUCAUCACCAGAACAAUUUGGACAUGGCCGCAUUCCAAGCUGCAUCAAAAUUGUUUGAUCCUACUUGUUCUGUUUCAGCGUGCUAUACUGAUUAUCAAGUGUAAUAAAAUACAAAGCUGUGUACCAAUAAUUGUAGCAGUAUGAAAUUUUUGUAUAGCUUGUUAGAAAAAUAGUAAUUACUUUAUCUUAUUAAUUUUUUAAGGCAUUGGACUAAUGGUCGAAACAUUUUUUUAAUUUAUUAAAACUUAACGAAACCGAUAUAAAUAAAGGGUACCUACACUACUUA